AUGGCAGCUGAUAGUGAAUUGAGCGAGUUCGAGUCAGAGACAUCGGUGGUCUCUGAGAAGGUGGACGAGUAUGAUGAAGAGAUGGCCAACGAGAACAUGAAUGCAGAUGACGACGAAUACGUGGAAGAGUUCAUGGAGGUGAGGCCCAGCAAGCCUAAACGAGGAGGUUUGAAGAGGAAGCCUGGUAGAAGAGCCAAGAGACUGGCCAACGAUGAUGACGACGACGACUUUGAGCGGGUGCAUCCAGCUCGAAAGAGAACCAAGACGGCCAGGGCCCUCCAGCUGGAAGACCAUGAGGAAGACGACGUCGAGGCACCGAGUGCAGACGUCGAAUUUGACGACGAAGAGCCCCUGGAGGCGACGGAGCCCGCGGAUCAGGUCGAAGAUGACGAAGAGCUCUCCGAUGCAGCAAGCACAAGAGUGCCCUCCACACAGGCAGAAGAAGACGACGAGACCCGCGAGGCCACCGAGGACUCCCUCAAGAGGCCCAGCAAAAGCAAGAUGCUGCAGGAGCUGCUGGGCGACUCGCACUCGAGAAGAAGUCUGACAGAGGAGGAAGCCCAGCUACGGAGAGCAGAGAACGCACGUAAGCGUAAGAAUCUGAGCGAGAAGAGGCUCGAAGAGGAGAAGCAAGAAACCAUCAACAAGCUUCUGAGAAGACGUGCCGGCAAGUCUCGAAGCCAUUUGCCGAAGGAGGAUGAGCCAGAAGUGGGAAACAACGACUCGACCGUUUUUGCGAAGCCAAGGCGACCUUACGACAGCACGGGGAUGACCCGCACGCUGCGAAGGGUAGACGGAGAUCUGUACUGUACUGUGGCAGACCGCCAGCCCGAGCCAGCGGCUUCCUAG